AUGAAAGUGAUUGCGUUGCUUUUGGCUACGGCAUGCCUGGCCCAUGCCACGCAGGUGCCCACUCAAACCGCCGAUAAGACACAUCUUCUUAAGCAGAAGAGUAUCUAUGAGCUCUUCUGGCACGUUGAUCAACCAACCGUCUACCAUCCGGAACUUUACCAAAAGGCGCGAUCCUUCAGCCUCGAAGAUAACAUUGCUUCUUUUACAGAUCAGGCGGCAGUGACUGAAUUCCUGCAGCGAUGGAAACACGGAAUGCUCCCACGGGGAGAAGUGUUUUCUGGAACUCACCCUCAGCAUUACCAAGAAGCGGUUUGCUUCUUCCGCGUUUUAUAUUCCGCCAAAGAUUUUGACACUUUCUACAAUACUGCAGUAUGGGCACGUUUUCACAUAAACGAAUGUAUGUACAAAUAUGUGUUGAGUGUUGCCACGAUUCAUCGGCCGGAUACCAAUAACAUCCUUCUGCCUCCGAUUUACGAGGUAUUCCCACAUUACUUCUUCAACGAGGACGUUUUGCAUAAAGCCUAUCGUAUUGCGAUGGGCGAUUCGCAAGCAGGUAUGAAGAAAAUAAUUGGUAAUGCAGACUAUUAUUACAUUCCUUCCAAUUACACUAGUUGGCAUACGUUUGGAAAUGAAAUGCCGGAACAACAAAAAUUAAAUUACUUCCUCGAGGAUAUCGGUUUAAACACGUUCUAUUUUGCAAUGAAUCACAAUUUCCCAAUCUGGAUGAACAGCGCUCACUAUAAUAUGCCCCAACACAUUCGUGGCGAAUCGUAUAUAUUCGACCACAAACAAAUGCUCAAUCGCUACUAUUUGGAAAGAUUGUCCAAUGAUAUGGGUGAGAUCAUGUACGUCGAUUUGAACAAGCCUAUUGUUCCCAGCUACUAUCCAACGAUGCAGCAUCACAAUGGAUUGUCGUUCCCACAACGUCACGUUGGUUCCGAGAUUCCUCUUUACGCGCACAAAUAUAUCCAGGCCAUACAAGAUGUCCACACUCGCAUUUCUGAUGCCAUUGACAAAGGUUACGUCAUUGACAUGCAUGGCAAACACAUCGACAUUUACAACACCGUAGAUGCAGGUUUCAACUAUCUUGGCAACGUGAUACAGGGCAAUGCCGAUUCCGUCGAUCCCGUGUACUAUGGACAGUUGGAACGUUUAUACAAAAAAGUUCUCGGUAUGGGCCCGAUUCAGGUCACUAAACACACGACAGUUCCCACUGCUCUCGAACUUUUCUCCACCACCCUAAGGGAUCCCGUGUUCUAUGGAAUCCAGAAGAAUAUCGCUACUUACUGGAUGAGAUAUAAGGAACACUUGCCGAGCUACACACACGAGGAACUUGUUUUCCCGGGUGUUACGAUCGAAUCCGUCACCGUUGACAAGCUGUUGACUUUCUUCGACGAUUUUGAAUCAAUGCUCAACAAUGCCGUAUCGGUACGCAGUCACAAGGAGGCUCAAUCUUUAUUGAUAAAGGCUCGUCAAUAUCGUCUCAAUCAUAAACCUUUUACCUAUCACAUCACCGUUAACAGCGACAAAAAUGUCAAGGCGGUCGUUCGUGUCUUCCUUGGACCCAAAUACGAUGUUCACGGCCACGAACUGGAUAUAAGCGAGAAUUAUAUGAACUUUUUCGAGAUGGAUCAAUGGAACAUUGACCUGAAACCUGGAACCAACAAGAUUGAGCGCAAUAGCUACGAGUCUAUCUACGUCGUUCCGGAUGAGGUGCCAAGCGAGGUUCUGUACAAGAAGGUGAUGAAAGCUAUCGAGGGUGGCGAGACUUUCACUUACCCAGGUCAGAUUUACGGUUUCCCCGACCGUUUAAUACUUCCUAAAGGCAAGAAAGAAGGCAUGUCGUUCAAACUCUUCGUGUGCGUGUCAUACUUUGAUGAGACAAGAGCCAUCAAGGUGGAUUCUCCCAUUUGGGGUCCAAGAAUGAUGGACCUUCUACCAUUGGGAUAUCCUCUCGACAGACCGGUUUAUGCCUCCAACUUCACCGUACCCAAUUUCCACAUGAGGGACGUUCUGAUUUUCCACAAGGUGGCGGAAGAACUGAAUGUCACCGUAUAAAACUCGUCAUUGUGCUCCGUUAUUAAACUUCGCUCUUAUAUACUUUGUUAUAUGUAGUUAUUUAACAUGUGCGGUUGCUGGAACAAGCAUUAAUUUAUUGGCACUGAAUAGAAAAGAGACGUAUAAUAUAAAUAAGAGAAGUGCAGUUGUGUUUUUCCAUUAUCAAAUGUAUAACCAUCCGAUGCGACAUAAAUUGUACCCAAAAUAAAUUUAAUAAAAACAUUCU